UAAAAUAGGAGUGUUCGACGAUUUGCGGCUUUCAGACGACAGAAGACGGGACAACAUGGCCGCCUGUGCAGACGACAGUUCGUCUCCUCUGUCGGACGUGUUUCAGCAGGCUGUGGACCAUGUAGCCACCAUAGCUCCACAACUUAGCGCCGAUCAACUCCUGUAUCUGUACGCCAGGUAUAAACAGGUUAAUGUCGGAAGAUGUAACACUGCCAAACCAGGCUUCUUUGAUUUCCAAGGAAAACAGAAAUGGGAUGCAUGGAACAGUCUAGGUGGCAUGGCUCAGGACCAGGCUAUGACAGAGUAUGUGGAUGGUGUGAGGAAAGCAGACCCCACAUGGGAACCCAGAGAAGGAGGAGACUCCAAGAAGACUUCAUUCAUGGGCCCAGUAGUUAGUACAAUGUCAUUUGAAGAAGAAUAUAUCAGUGACAAAAACAAGACUGUGUUUGAUUGGUGUAAAGAAGGAAACGCAAAGCAAAUGGCAAGGCUGCUGUCCAAUGGGGAUGUAGAUAUCAACCAACAGGACACAGAGGGCCUGUCUCUUCUACACUGGGCAUGUGACAGAGGACAUGAGGAUGUAGUCAGAGAAUUACUACAACACAAAGCAAACAUCAAUAUCCAGGACGAAGAUGGACAAACACCUUUGCAUUAUGCUGCUACUUGUGAGUUCCUCAGUAUUGUACAGCUGCUGUUGGACAGCAGUGCUGACCCCUCCAUACCUGACAGCGAGGGCAGCCUUCCCCUGGACAGCACAGACAGCAAACAAAUCAAGGAGCUGCUGACUCAGUGGACAGCAAAGAGUAACACAUAGCAGUGCCAGAAAUCAGAACUAUGUGAUUGUGAUUUGACUGAAUAUCUUCCAGACAUUUCCCUACUCUCUGCAUAGAUAGACGUUUUCACAGGAAACCCAAGUGUUGAAUUGUUAUAAACUUUUUAACAAACAUGCAUUACAAGAAUGUAUUUGAGAUAUUAUACAAGACACACACAGUUACCCCAAGUGUUGAAUUGUUAUAAACUUUUACACAAACAUGCAUUACAAGAAUGUAUUUGAGAUAUUAUACAAGACACACACAGUUACCAUUCUUUGUAAAUAGCUCUAUUAGUCAUGUAAUUGCUGUAAGAAACAGAAAUCCAUUCCAAUGUACACUUAAGUUGAUAAUCAUAUGUGGAUUUAUUAAGCAUCUGCUGUAAUUGUUGUGCCAAUACAUCCAGACAUGCAGCGUUGAUAUCACUGUCACAUUUCUUUUCAUUGAUGUCAAUGUACAUAAAUGCCAUAGGCUGUGGCAACAUAAUGGAACAACUUCAUGAAUUAAAAGGAGGGGAAAGUGAAAGGACCAUUUAAUACAUGUGGGAUAUUGUCUUACCAUAAUAACCUUUAGGUCACAGAUCAGUACAGUAACAGUAACAUUGUCAUUUCAACUUUAUUUCAGGCACUUGGCCCAUAUCACAUACAUAAUAGAUAUAAAAACAUACAAUACAACAAUACAAAUACACUUUAUAUACAAUAAAAUGUUGAUUAGCCAGGGCUUUUGUAAACAAGAUUCACAUAA